CAAAUUUUAGAGGGUAAGCGGGGCGAGGGGGAGGGAGAAAGGUAGGUGUUCGGCACCAAUAGCGCCUCAGCGUUCAGUGUUGUUCCUAGGCCACUAUCCUUACUCGUCUGGUCCCUGGUGCCGCUUCCGGCUACGCUCGGAGGUCGCGCAGGCUGGAGGCCUUGGUCGGACGGGAGGGAGCGGCAGCAUCCAGAAUUUGAGAUGCACAGCUUAUCCCCAUCAAACCAUAAACUCCUUUGGGACAGAAGCCACCUUCUCUGCAGCCUUCAUACGUAGCCCGAGUGAAAGGGGACAACAUGCCAACUGCCAAGCAACUAGCUGACAUUGGCUACAAGACCUUCUCCACCUCCAUGAUGCUCCUCACUGUGUACGGGGGCUACCUCUGCAGUGUCCGAGCCUACCACUAUUUCCAGCGGCGCAGCUCCCAGCGCCAGGCUGCAGAAGAACAGAAGACCUCAGGAGCCCUAUAAAACUGGGGGCUUUUUUCCUUGAGCAGAGAGGCCUGAGGCAUGCUGUGGAAAGACUGCAUCUGCAAUCAUUUCUGAGUCAAGAGGACCAGGGCCUUAACUGGCUUUCAAACUCUGGAAAAUGCCCAUGUUUUCUCUGGUACAGCCAGUUUGGAGAGGCUAUCGAAUCAAAACAGGAAUGGGAGGGUGAGACACACCUAUAGACAUAAAAUACUUUGCCAUA